AAUGCUGUUCUUUCAUUUCAGUACCUACUUAGCCUUCAAGUGCAUCACCAAUGUGAUUAAAACUCUUCUUUCUGAGUUUUCAAAGUUUUGAUUUUUGAGGAAUUGAAGAACUUCAACAUAAAUCACUUUCUUUUUUAUUAGAAUUAAAGAUCAAUAAUUUCUAAUUUCUGUUUAUUUUACGUAUUGAGUGAUAACAGUGACUGAACAAUUGAUAAGAAAGUUUAAAGUGAAAUGUCGGUUACAGUUUGUGGACAGGACGAAAAUGUUGAAAGAUGUCAAGAUGGCUUAGUGAAGCUUAAAAAUGCCGAGGUUGAGCAAAUGAGCAAGGAUAUUUUAUACCACCUUGGAUUUGACACUAAUUCUGAUGAUUUGGAGAAAUUAUUUGGGGAUGUGAAGUUUGUUUGCACAGGAGGAACUGAUUUUCGCAUGAGAGAAUUCGCUUAUUAUAUUGAAAAAGAACUUGCUGAUCUGCUAGAUAGAGGAACGACUGUAAUCGACUAUUCUAAAAGAUCACAUCGAUAUGGCAUGUAUAAAGUGGGCCCAGUACUCUCUGUCAGUCAUGGCAUUGGCGUACCAUCACUCAGCAUUUUGCUUGUGGAAAUUAUCAAAUUGUUGUAUCAUGCAAAAGCAAAGAAUCCUGUAAUUUUUAGAAUUGGUAGUAGUGGUGGUAUUGAUGUAGAACCAGGAACUGUGGUAAUCACAAAUGGGGCAGUUGACGAAUUAAUGAGACCUUUCUUUGAAAUUCCAAUUUGCGGGAAACUGGUUCGCAGACCCUCAGAAUUCGAUCAAAAUUUAGCGAUUGAAUUAAAAGCUCUAGCCCUUCCUGAGGAUAAUUUUCAAACCAAAGUGGGUAAAACGAUGUGUGCUACUGAUUUUUACGAAGGACAGGGUCGUCGAGAUGGAGCUUUCUGUUGCUUUACGGAAGCUGAGAGAAUAGGAUAUCUCGAUAAAUUGAAAAACCAUGGUGUCCUUAAUAUUGAGAUGGAGUGCGUUUGUUUUGGAGCUCUUACUCAUUUCGCUGGAAUCAAAUCCGGUAUAGUCUGUGUGGCAUUAUUAAAUCGCUAUAAUGGUGACCAGAUUUCUGUACCGAAGGAUGUACUUCAAGAAUUUGAAAAAAGACCUCAAGCAUUGGUCCUUCGUUAUAUACGAAAGUGUCUUCAAGAAAAGAAUCAGAAUUCUUCAUGAACUUCAUAAAAUUGCAAAAAUCAGGACUCCUAGAAAUAUUGGCUCUUGGAGAUUAAAAAUAGAACUAUAUUACUAGUAUGCUCAUAUAUUACGAUUAUGUGCCUUUAGAUAGACAAAUUCUCUGUUUUCGAAAAAAAUGCUUUCAAAUUAUGCCUACUAAACUUUCAAAAAUAUUAUUUACGAUGUUUUUUAUCGAUUACUACCAUUUUUAAAAUAAAUAAACAACGAGGCCUUGAAAGUAAAGGUCAUAAAUA